GCCUUUAACUGGGUAAUGAAAUCAACAACGGGUCGGGUUGAGGGGAAUAUUCUCGACCCGAAAACAAAGGCUUUACCUCUCCGUCUCUUAAAGUUUCAACUUCCAUGCUCGAUCGAUUCCCCCUCACUCUCCACCAUGGCCUUACUCGGCGACGACGGGCGGGGUUACGAUUUGGCUCGCAAGUUGGAGUCAUGCGGCGUGUGGCGCUCCUGGCUCGGCGACACUUAUUAUUCCUCAUUUGUUCACUCCCUUUCUUCGCCGGCCACUUGGGAGUCCUUCAUGCGAGCUGACCACACCAAAUCUAAGUCUCAGAUCCACCUUCAACUCCGCGCACGCGCUCUCUUGUUCGACAAAGCCGUCAUAUCUCUGUUUCUUCCUAAUGAUAAUCCUUCUUCGGCUUCCAUCUCCAAGCUCAAUCCAAACUAUUUGCAAUUGCACGGCGACGACUUGUAUUUCACCUUGGAAAAUAAUUCGCAAGAUGGGGUUCAAAUGCGAGACAAUGUUGGUUCCUCAAAUACGGCGCCGUCCAAGAGUCAGUUGAAGUCCUCAUAUAAUGCUGGAACAAGAUAUGAUGAAUCCCAGUAUGAAAUGUUGCCCCAGAGAAUUCGGAGUGACGAAUUGCCAGAAACAUGGUAUGAUCAGUUUAUUGAGAAGUAUAAACUCAGUAGACCAUAUAAGGUACUGCUGGGCCAACGAGAAUUGGAUAGGCGUACUGCCGAGGGCAUGUCUGAUUAUCUUAGAGUUGUUGAAAAACAUAAGAGAAGGCGAGUGCCAUUUCUGGACAAUCAGAGCACAGGCUCUGGAAAUUCUGUCUCAGAGAGUUCAUCCAGCAUGCAAUCAGAUGCUGUUUCAGAUUUCAAUAAUUUGGUUGAUGGAGAUGUUUUUUUACCUGAAACAUUAUUUUUAAUGAAUAGUGUGCCCCAGGUUGCAGUCCCGGCAAUAAAUAGAGAGAAGAUUAACCUAAAAGUAGAAUUGAAUGGGAUUCUUGAUACCUUGCCUCAGGUUAAUACCAGGAGUCCUGUUAUGAUUGAGAGGCUUGGUAUACGCCCUGAGUAUCUUGGCAUGGAACAAGGAGGAAAUUUUCAUCGAGGAAAAAAUGUUUCGGAAGGGAUUAAUAAAUGUCUUUCUGAUGAGCGAGCAUCACAGGUAUCUCAAAAGGUAAUAUCCCGCCUACUGCAUGGGUGGGGAUUUGACGGUGUUACAGAAGUCCCAUUGGAAGUGUUUUCUCAAUUGCUUGGACGUCAAAUUCAUAAACUAGGCCUCACUUUGAAACUUCUGUCUGAUGGUUACAGACGGCAUUGUUCUGCCAUUGAACUAAUUAGGAUGUUUCUUGAAGUAGCUGGGUAUGGUACUUUUGAGGUUUUUACGGAGCUUGUUAAAGAAGGUAGUAGGAAUAUAGCGCCACAAACUCAGCAACAAGUACAUGCCAUGCAGCCACAAUCACAGGCACAACAACAGAGUCCCCUUAAACUGCCGCAGCAGCAUCAGAUCCCACGACAAAUGAAUCAGCAAAUGCAGCAGAUGGUUCAACCUCAAAAUUUGGCUUUACAACAGCAGCUGCAGCAGCAACAAUAUGAGAUGAUGCGUAAACGCCAACAAACCAGUCCUCACCCUAGUAUGGAUAUGGAUAGGGAUCGGGCCCCAGUACAAGCCAAGGUGGAGAACUCUUUGGAACUGCAAAUGGAUGCCAAUGCCUUAACUGCAGUCAAUCCCAGGCAAUCUCAAAUGCAGAUCCGCCAACAACAACUCAAUGCAAUGUCAAAUCUCCAUUCAAAAUCUAGCAAUCAGUUGAGGCAGUUGGCAUCUGUUCAAAUUCCUCAAGUGCAGACUCCUCAAGUGCAGGCACCUCAAGUGCAGAUGCAUCAAAUGCAGACACCUGUGCAGAUGUCUCAAAUCCAGACACCUCAGGUGCAAAUGUCUCAAAUGCAAGCACCUCAGGUGCAGACAUCUCAAAUGCAAACACCUACAAUGCAGUCACAGAAUAUGGGCAUUGUUAGGGCUCCUCCAGUGAAGGUUGAGGGAUUCCAGGAAUUGAUGGGUGGAGAUACUUCAUCAAAGCAUGAUUCAGAGGAAAAACUGUGAUUUUUAAGGUAGGAUUACAUGAGUUCGCCCGGUGUGUCGCUGUAAAGGAUCUUUAGGUUUCCUUUUCCAUCUUGGGCAACAUUCAUCUCCUCCCAGAAGUGUGUCCAGCUUUAUCCCCUUUUUAAAGUUUAGUUCAGUUACAUUGCCUGUUGAAGACCUGCCAGGAAAUGCUGAAGCCACCGCCAUAUUCCAUGAAUAAGUCUCCUACCUGGGGGGCUGAUAGGAACAAAAUUGAGCUGCAAGGUAAAAAUGUUACAGCAUUAGUUUACUCAGACUAUAAAUAAUUGAUAGUUGGGCCAGAUAUUGUUUUCAAGUUUUAAACUUUUAGGCCUUACGCAGGUCCGCAAUUGCUAGGAACUAACCCGAGUAAAGAUUUGAAGAUAUCAAACUCCAUAUACUAAGUUCAAAUGAGACAUGAUCCAUUUUGGAGAAAAAUAAUGGAUUAUAUAUAAAGAUAAUUAUUUUUAAGAGAUAUUAAUUAACAAUCAAACCAUGUGCUCAAACAAUAACAUGUCACUAUAUGGUUGAAUGUUAUUUUAUCUUUAAUUUAAAACUGUUUAAUUACAUUGUGGCAUAUUAUUGUUUUUGUAUACAACACUUCUCAAUUCAUUCAUAACAACACCCUUAAUGAAUGAAUUGAAAUUUUCCUCCUUUUGAAAAAACAAUUUCAACCUCUCUUAACUGGAUUCUGACAAAAGUCUAACUAUUCUUGGUAAAUCAAUUGUGUAUAACAAAGUUUUCGUAGCUGUUCUUCUUUGACCAACUAUUUUUGUUGCCUAUCUUCUCCAAUUUAUGCUCAUGUAUUUGCAGAAUGGGAAAGAUGAUUGUCAAUGUUUUUAUGUUACAUUAUACAGAUAUUUUCAUAAAAACAAGAUCGAAUGCAAUUUUAUAAGUUUGAUUGUGUAAGAUGCAAAUACAUGAGAUUGAUUUAAUUUAUACCCAAAUUGGGGAAAAUGCCCAAUGUUGUUGAGACUGAA